AUGCAUGUAGCAAAUGAUGGCAGUUUUUAUUUGUCCAUCGAGGAAACCAAUGAAAUCAGAAAAAAACUCGGACUGAAACCACUCAAUGUAACAAACCAAACAACAACAAGUGCAUCAUCGGAUCUCAAAGAUGAACCAAAAAAUGAAGAAGAUGAAGCUUCCGAAGUACAUAAACGAAUCGAGUUGGCAAAAAUCAAAAGAAAAGAAAGAGAAUUAAAAAGAAUAAAAGGAGAAGAUGACGAAGAAGAUAUCAAACCAACAGUUGUAAAAAAAGAAAAACAAGUAAUUCUUGAAACAAACGAAGAUGAUGAGGAAAUAAUUCAAAAAUCAUCUAAAAGCAAAUUCUACGAUUUGCAUGCUAGUAAACCAAGUAUUGCUUCUGAUUUUGAGGUUGUAAAAAAGAAGAAAGCAAAGAAUAUUAGAGUCAAGGAUAAAUUAUCGGAACCAUCAGCCACUUCUUCCGGAACUGAUUUAUUAGCAAUGAUGGAGCUGAACGCUUCAAUGCUUGACGAAGAAAUCAAACCAACUAGCAGAGCUGAAAGAACACUCACAAGAAGAGAAGAAAAUAUCUUGUUAGAGGAAAGAGAAAAGGACAGGAGCUAUCAAGAGGCCAUUGACAAAGCUCAUGAGCAAUCUAAAAUUUUACAUCAAUCAUUCACCCCUAAUUUUGAGAGUAAUAGAGAGGAGGAUUUUGAGCUGAACUAUAAUCAAGGAAAAAAGUAUGAUGCAACAAAGCAUUUUGUAAAAACAAUAUCAAUUGAAAAAUCUGCUAAUGAAGAGGAAGAGACUGUAAUUAACAAGAGAAAAAGAAAGAGCCAAAGCCUAAGAACGAAAGAUGCUGACGGUGAUCAUGUGAUGGAAGAGACAAGUCAGACUACGACUGUUGUGCCGACCAUAGAGGUAAAAAAAGAGGAGGAACCACAAAUUCUUCAAGAAGAAAUUAUAAAGGAACCGUUGGUGUCUGAUGGAUUGCUUGCAACUUUAGAAUUUGCAAAGCAACAAGGCUUUCUAGAAGACAAGAGAGUUGGCCGAAAUAAGGACAAAUCUCAUAUCGAAGAGAGACAAAAAUCUAAAUUACUAGAUAAUAACGAAGAUAUUGACUUUGUUAUCGAGCAUUUAGAUCAAUAUGGCCGAGCUACAACACCAAAACAAGCGUACAUUAACUUUUCUCACAGCUAUCACGGUAAUAAGCCAAAGAAAAAGAAAGUAGCUAAGGAGAAAAAAAAGAUGGAACUAGAAAGACGUAGAAAUGCUGGAGCUUUAGAUGACAGCAUGAAGGUUCUAGAGACCGUAAUGAAAGAGACAAAACAACCAUUUGUGGAAAUCACAAAGGAAACCUUUGAAAAAGCUGUAGAGAUUAGAGCCAAGUUACAGAAAGAAUCCAAACCAAAAAAGAAAAAGCAAAAGAAGGAAGACACAUCAUCAGUAAAAGAAUAG